UGUCUACGUGAAAUAGAAGAGUUUAAAUCCAGGCUAUAACUUGCGUGUCAGGUUUGUUGUAACAACCUUAAGACAAGCUUUAUUUUCUAAAAUUAAGAUUAGACGGUGUAACGUUUUCACUUGGUAAAACGAACUAUGUCAUGGUAAAAUCUCCGAACAGAACAUAAAGGUUGUUUGAAAAAAGAGGACAAUAUUCUGAAAAAUGUUUUGGAAGUUAUUUGAAAGUAUGUCAUUCGUGAUAUUCAAUGGUCAUUAUACAACGUUGUCGUGGACGAAAAAAGUGGGAGCGUCACUGGAAAUUGUACGUGUAAACACGUAGUGUUGUCAAGUGUCAUUAACAUGGCAUUAACAAGAGUAUCUUGUUUUUCACUUCAAUGGAGUAAUUGGGCUGUUUUGACGUUGUUAUUCUUUUCUUAAAUUCAAAAUAUGACAACUAUGACUGUUAACUAAGUUUGAUAGAUUGUAGGAGGUACCAUUUGAAAUAUCCAUCAACAAUAAAAUUCAAACUUGUUAACUACAUACACCCAACAAAUGGCUACAAACAAGGAUAUGGGAUUUCAUAACUGGGUAAAGGCCUGUUUGGCUAUCAAAUGUGUAAGGAAUGUGAUAAUUCUAUUAGUUGAAAAACACUGCAAGGAACAUUAUUCAAAUAACACUGAUCAGGUUCUGAAAGUAUGCGGGCUACCCAUAUAUUCAUGUAACCAGUGUGACGUAACAGAGCUGGAGCCUUACCACAAACGUUCACGCACACAAUGUGGAUACAAAAAAUGUGCUUGCAAGGGGAAGAACAUGAAGCCUUGUACGGAAAACCUUGCAUGUGGAGUGAUAUAUGACCAAAUCAAGGCUGCCCAUACGAACAGUGAUCCAAGUUGGUCAAACACAAAUUGUGACAAGUGGUCAAGCAGUGCAUGGGAACAGAUGAAAUGCUACAUCUCUACCCCCGGCUAUAAAGAGAAAGCGGAUAUAUCUUGUUCUGAUUUGACAGCUCUAAUUCAAAUUUGUCUAAACUACAUACCUUUAAGGACAUUGUUCAACCAGAAUAUAUUCGACCUUGAUGAGGUGCGGAGGUACAGAAAUGACAUCUACCAUUCAAGCACAAUGGAACUGGCAAACGAUCAGCUGAAAUAUUUCCUGUCAACCAUGAACAAUUUUUUGAGGUUAAGUUUCUUUCAAGACUUCAAAGCUGAAGUCGACUGCGAGUUGGAUAAACUGUCCAAGUUGGAAAACGACGAGUUUGAUGUAUCCAUAGAAAAUGAAAUAGCUGCAAGAAAAGAUGCUUUGGACGGAAUUCAGGAAUCGAUGGCGGAUAUGCUAGGAAGUUUUUCACAAAUGAAGGACCAACUGGAAGAAAUAAAUAAACGCACAGCAGACCAGUGUUCGGAAAAUCGAGAAAUAAAAUGCCAUUUGUCUGCGCAGACAAAAAAUAUAGAAUCGAUACAAGAGACGCAAGAAUCGAUGAGUGAGUCGAUGUCUCAUUUGCAAACCAAUCUUAGGGAAUCCAUCGAAAAGACGGAUUCACGGUAUGGUGAACUACUAGCAAGUAAUGGAUUAAUACUAGCAAGAAUAGAUCAGUUAUAUGAAUUAUUUCAAAAGCAAAAUCCUGACGUAAAAGAAUCUCUGCAAACAGAUAUCGUCACAAAGAUAAUUGUUAAGCCAACAAAUGCAGAAGCAGGGAACACUGUUUCAGAAGAAAUGUGCACAGCUGGUAAUGAGAUAAUAAACAGUUUCGACGGAGAUUCAACCGAUGAUCCCAUGAAACAACGUUUAAAAGAUGUCGUCGAACAGAUUCAGGAAGACAGCAACAAAGUGACUGCCUUUAAACAAAAAUGCUUGGAAAUUUACGUUUCGUCUCCAACAGUACACAGUUGGGUGACAUUGAACAGGGCAUGUUUUGAUGGUACCAUAGAAAAAGCUUUCCUACCGUUGCAAACAUAUCUGAGAACACGUCAUGGGUGUGGUAAUCUUACCUUAACUAUUCAAUUAGAUCAAGAAUGCUUCAACAAAUGUGCAAACACUAUCAUAAGCAACCUCAAUCAAAUGUUAAACAAUCAACAAACUGAGGUUCACCCAUACAAAGUCAUGGAGAAUGAACGAAAAGAGGAGACACAUAAAACAGCACAAACAGGCAACUGCAGCGAACUUAUUAAUGAUACAGUCACAAAAACACCUGUAGUGAACAUGGAAGUAACUACUCUGUGCGCCGAAAUACAACCAUAUGUGAUCAAGCCCCUUUUUGCAAGUUGCGAAGAGACAAAAGAUUUUUCAAUCGGAAGUGACGAACUAGCAAACGCUCGUGCACGUGCAGACUCCUACAAUAUCGGAAAUAAUCAAGCUGAUGCAACUGAAAUGACAGACGAACAAAAGAUGACAAAUGAAGCACUUCUUAGGGAAAUUGCAGAUUUGUGCAAACGAGAAGACAGAAAGACACCUGAGGUUAUUUUACUUCUUGGAAGCACUGGUGUAGGAAAAAGUUCGAUGGUUAACACAAUCAUCAAGGCCUUGACCGGAAAAUAUUUCUACAAAGCUAAGUCUGGCAGAGGACGUGUAGGCUCAGUUACGCUUACGUUUGAUUGGUUUGACCACUGUGGUAUUGCAAAGUGUGAUUUACAGAGUUUGCAACAAGAGGUCCUUGGAGAUUGCUGGCAACAGUUACCAAACAUUAUUGACGCGGGUGGAAUGGGAGUCCAGGAUUCACCAGAUAUUCAAGAAAUAUUGGAGGUGGUUUUGGGAGGAUUGAUUCCACCUGAAACAUCUAUAACGCAUUUACAAAAGCUUCAGAGGGAUAAUUAUGUUGGGUAUUUGAGAGAUAUAUACAUUAAUUGUCGCAAGGAAUGGAAGGUUUCGAAAGUCGUGUUUGUCGCAACUUGCAGUGAAAUGCUUCCAACUGGUUUGAUAGAUGUUCUUCAAAGAAUCUUGAAAAUUGUUGAUCCAAAGACUGGAUUUCUGCAAUACGAUGCUGACGUAUUCAUAGUCAUCACCAAAUGUGAUUUGGUUCAGGGAAUGAAGACGGUCCCGAGGACAGUAUCUAAAGAAAAGGGGACAGAAACAAUAACAGCGGCUCAGUUCAAGAAAAUAGAAGAAGAGGUUGCCAAUGCGUUCAAUAUCGAAGGAGUUCAAAAGCACACCAGUAUUCGCUGGAUGAGCUAUGUCGGUGAUAACGAGGAUGAUCCUUAUAUUGACAAUAUCGCCCUGGAGUUUAUCAAGCAGAUGAUGCAACCAAAGCGACAGAAGAUUCGAAUUAAACUUGAUACAAUGCCAUUGAUAAUGAGAUUAAAACUAAAGCUAAAAAAGUUUAAGAGGCAUUUUUACGAAAUAUGUGCAUUGAUUGUUUGCAUAAUUGCAGUGGUUUAUGUCGUCAAUGCUAUAUCUCGUCCAUUGAAGAUUUAAGCUCCAGCGUCUAACUGACUUUGAAAAGGACUUCAUUCACGUUCAGAGACAUUUUUGUUGUUGAUUCAAAGUGCGUGAAUGUUUACAAAAUAUCCAAAUAGUUAACAUAAGAUAACAUAUACAUUCUAUUACUUAGUAUGUACACAAUACUUUCACACAUGUCGGAAUAGCACUUCCAAGCUGUUUGUAAGAAGGUUUAGCAUCCAUGUCAUUCAUACAAACAUCAAUAUUGUGUUUCCUUAAAAUGUCUUUGUAUAACCAUCUACGGCGAGCAAAAAUUACUUAUAAGUACCGGGUUAAGUUCAUUAACCUAAGCUGUCAACAAUGUCAACUAUGCAAUUUGAGCUCUUAGUUAUACCCGUAACAAACUCGGCCCAUGUGUUUGAAUACCAGAAAUGGCAUAUGAUUAUGUACCUGUUUAAAUAAUCCAAAAAAUAAUUCUGAAAUUCCCUCAAAAAUGUUUGUUUCCACUAAUCAAACGGACCAUAAUUUGUUAGUACUGAUCCUAAAUUCGUGUUUGCUUUACCAGAUCAUAAUUAUUUUGCCUUGUGGAAAUAGCCCAUCUUUGGCCAACUCAAACAGGCCAUAAAGUGCAUGUUCUUUAUCAUGACCCUAACAUCCAGUUUAAAGGCGUCUUUAUUAAUCAAAUCAAUGCUUUUACACUUGCAAUCUACUGAAACAUGACUUUUAACACUCAGUUGCGGAAAUAGUAUGCGUUCAUGCUUUGAUAAAUAAAUGAAUUGUUUUUGUAUGACUUUAGAGAUUUCUAGGACGUAAAUUGCAUCAUAUAUUUGGUCCGAAAGAUGUAUGGUAAUCUUAUUGUAUAUUUUAAAAUAACCAAACUGAGAAGCUGAUAUUGCAAAUAAAAAAGUUCUAAAUCAAAUAUAACUUCUUAUCAAUUAGUCACAAAUAUAAUAACCUCCUUUAAAAAAUAUUCUUCAUUUAUUGAAAUAAACGGUUUUAUGAUUCUGUGUCUUUUUAAUAAAGACUGUAAUUUCUGACAACUACAUGU